AUGGAGAAAUUUCACCACCUUUCCCCACUUGGACUUGUGUUCCUAUGUUUUCUUUCAGCUUCCUUAGCCAUGUUCCCGACCAAUAUUACCACUGAUCAGUCAUCUCUUCUUGCCUUGAGAGCUCACAUUUCGGUUGACCCUCUACAAAUCUUGGCCAAAAACUGGUCUGUUGGCUCUUCGGUCUGCGAUUGGAUUGGAGUCUCUUGUGGCUCUCGUCAUCGUAGAGUGACUGCCUUGGACAUUUCAAACAUGGGCCUUAUAGGCAUCAUCCCUCCACAACUGGGAAAUCUCUCAUUUCUUGUUUCUCUUGACAUAAGUGCAAACAACUUUCAUGGAGAACUACCACAUGAGUUUGUUGGAUUGCGACGAUUAAAACUGCUUUAUUUGAGUGGCAACAAUCUCCAAGGAGAGUUACCCCACUGGAUUGGUUCAUUUUCUCAACUUCGUCGCCUGUCUCUUAGAAAUAAUAGUUUCACUGGUCUUAUCCCAUCUUCCAUCUCUAACUUGUCAAAGCUAGAGGAGAUAAAUCUUUCGCACAACCUUCUGCAAGGAAACAUUCCUAUAGGGAUUCUCAAUAUUUCCUCGCUGCAAGUGAUUAACCUUAGAAAUAAUGGCCUGUCCGGAGUUCUUCCAAGUGACAUGUGUUACCAUCUUCCUGGACUGAGUUUACUUAACCUAUCAUUUAACAAGUUAUCUGGUCAUUUACCAUCAAGUACUUUAGCUCAAUGUUCGGAACUUCGGGUGCUGUCUUUGUCUGUCAACGAAUUUGGAGGUUCCAUACCAAAAGAAAUUGGAGCACUGAAGAAGCUUGAGGAGCUAUACUUGGGUUACAACUAUUUAGAAGAGCUAAAGAUUGUUUCUGGUGGAUUGGUUCAUUUCCUCAACUUCGUCUCGUCUCUCAGUAACAAUAGUUUCACAUCUUCCAUCUCUAACAUGUCAAAGCUAGAGGAGGUAAGUCUUUCGUACAACUAUCUGGCAGGAAACAUUCCUAUAGGGAUUUUCAACAUUUCCUCGCUGCAAAUCAUUGACCUUACAAAUAAUGGCCUGUCCGGAGUUCUUCCAAGUGACAUGUGUUUCCAUCUUCCUGGACUGAGUUUUCUUGGCCUAUCAUUAAACAAGUUAAAUGGUCAAUUACCAUCAAGUAAUUUAGCUCAAUGUUCAGAACUUCGAGUGCUGUCUUUGUCUUACAACGAAUUUGGAGGUUCCAUACCAAAAGAAAUUGGAGCACUGAAGAAGCUUGAGGAGCUGUACUUGGGUCACAACCAUUUAGAAGGUCAAAUUCCAAAAGAGAUUGGUAAUUCAACUAUGAUUAAAUGGCAACAUUUUGGAUACAACAACUUAACAGGUGUCAUACCACGAGAGAUUGGUAACUGGUAUUUUCUCCAACAACUCAACUUACAAUUCAAUAGCUUAACUGGUUCCAUACCAAUGGAGAUCUUCAACCUCUCAAAGUUGAGCGCGAUGUCACUUUUACAAAAUCAACUAUCAGGCAAUCUUCCAUCAAUAUUCGGUUAUAGGCUUCCCAAUUUAGAAUACCUUGAUCUCGGCAUUAAUCACCUUUCUGGAGCAUUACCUAGUUCAAUCUCAAAUUCUUCUAAUCUCCGUCGCAUAGAAUUUGGUGAUAACAAGUUCACAGGUCCAAUUCCCACUUCCGUGGGAGACCUGAGGUUCCUUGAACUGCUGGAGCUAAGCGGCAACCUUUUAGUGAGCGACUCCUCAUCUCCAGAGUUGAGCUUCAUCACUUCACUGACAAAAUGCAAAUAUUUGUCAAUAUUGGUCUUGGGUAGCAAUCCAUUGAAUGGGAUCAUUCCAGAAUCGGUCAGUAAUCUUUCAACUUCCCUUGAACAACUAAAUGCAACGAAUUGUAAAAUAAAGGGCAGCAUUCCUGAUGGAAUUGGAAACUUGACAAGUUUGAUCCUAUUAGAUCUAUCAAACAAUGACUUAACUGGGUCGUUGCCAGCUACAAUAAAAGAUUUGCGAGAGCUUCAAGGAAUGGAUCUUAGUAUGAACAAACUAAUUAGCAGAGUUCCCCUGCAUUUUCUUUGUGCUCUCCACAACUUGGAUACAAUGAACCUUGGACAAAAUCAAUUUAUGGCCUCAAUUCCAAAGUGCUUUGGAAAUCUUACUUCCCUAAGGCAUCUUGACCUAAGUUACAACAAACUACAUUCUGCUCCACCAGAGGAAAUAUGGACCCUAAAAGAUCUCUUGAUGCUUGACCUCUCCUCAAAUCUGCUGAGUGGAUCUUUGCCGUAUGUUGUUACGAAUAUGAAGAUGGCAAAUUGGGUAGAUUUGUCAACCAAUCAGUUCUCAGGUGGCAUCCCUGACUCAAUUGGAGAUAUGCAGAACCUACAAAAUCUUUCUUUAGCACACAACAGAUUGCAAGGAUCAAUCCCAGAAUCGAUUGGUAAGGUGUUUAGCUUGGAAUCAGUGGAUCUAUCACAUAACCUUCUCUCUGGAUCAAUUCCAAUGUCGAUGGAGAACCUUCGGUAUCUUAAAUAUAUAAAUCUCUCUUUUAACAAUUUGAGUGGUGAAAUUCCAUCCAAAGGGCCAUUUAAAAACUGUACUGCCGAAUCCUUCGCUUCAAAUCAAGCCCUCUGUGGAGCUCGAAGGUUGCUUGUGCCUCCAUGCCCAACUAUUUCAGCUCACAGAUCAAGAACAAAAAGAGUGCAUCGAACCAUUUUUAUUUCACUUGGGGUAAUAAUAGCAGUGGGAGCCUUGUCCUUUGGAUUUGUUUACUUGAGAUAUCGAAAGAAAGAUGAAUUUUCCAGCGGAGCAGAUUUAUCCUUAGUUGCAAUGCUAGAAAGAAUUUCAUAUUUUGAACUACUACAAGCAACUAAUGGGUACAAUGAAAGCAAUUUGUUGGGGGCUGGAAGCUUUGGAUCUGUUUAUAGAGGUACUCUUGAUAAUGGAAGGGCUGUGGCUGUUAAAGUGUUCAAUUUACAAGUCGAUGGAGCGUUCAAGAGUUUUGAUGUAGAAUGUGAGGUGUUGCGCAAUCUUCGCCAUCGAAACCUCACAAGAGUCAUCAGUAGUUGCUCUAAUCCUGACUUUAAGGCAUUAGUGCUUGAGUUCAUGCCUAAUGAGAGUCUCGAGAAGUGGUUGUAUUCACACAACUAUUUUCUGGAUCUGAUGCAGAGAUUGGACAUAUUGAUUGAUGUGGCCUGUGCAUUGCAAUAUCUCCACUGUGAGUAUGCAACUCCAGUAAUUCAUUGUGAUCUGAAGCCAAGUAAUGUGCUGCUGGAUCAAGACAUGGUUGCCCAUCUAAGUGAUUUUGGCCUUACAAAGUUGUUGGGCGAGAAAAACAGCAUCACAUACACCGAAACACUAGCCACACUUGGCUAUCUCGCACCAGAGUAUGGUUUGGAAGGAUUGGUAUCAGCAAAAUGCGACAUCUACAGUUUUGGAAUUAUGAUGAUGGAAGUCUUCACAAGAACAAAUCCCAACAGUGAAAUGUUUGGUGAAAAAUUGAGCCUGAAGAACUGGGUUGCUAAUUCAAUACCUGAUGGAUUAGCUAAUGUCAUCGAUGCUAAUUUGCUAAAGGAAAGUGAUGAAUACUUUGUUGAAAAGCUAAGCUGCAUAGCCUCAAUCAUGAAAGUGGCUCUGGGCUGCACGAUGGAGUCUCCAAGAGAGAGAAGCAACAUACAAGAUGUUCUUGUUGCGCUGAAAAAGAUCAAGCGUCAGUACAUGAGUCCUCUCUGUUCAGGGACAUAA